AUGUAUAGAUCAAAGACGGGUGCUGCCAAUCGCGGCAGCAUCCUGAGCACCCUCAAGGCGACCGAGAUGCUCGACUCAAAAGCCAAUCUCCCAGCGGAGAUCCUGGCAACCAUCCUCGACUACCUCCCUGUCGCCGACCAGAUGCGCUGUGCCCGCGCCUCCCACCGCCUACGAGAAAUGGUCUACGACGACACGCGAUGGGUCUCGCGACUAAAGAGCAUGGGAUGCUGGGACGAGAUAGAGGCUCGGAAGCGCUUUGAGGAAGCCGUACGGCGGAGGCGUGAGGCUGCCAAAGCUGCGAGCCAGGCCAAUGCGCCUUCUGCUCAACCCGUGGGAACUACACUAUUCGAUGCGUCCCUAGAGGAAGCCAAGAACCGCACCAUGUCUGAUAUUCGGGAUGGAUUCGAGACCAUGUCUGUGGGGGCAACCUCCAAGAACCCCGCCGAGGAUCCAGCAGCAUAUCUUGACGUCUUCAAGAAGGUACGGAGUAUUCGAGGCGGCGCGAGACACGAGUACGGCAAGAUCUACGGCGCCCUUGCACCCUUUUACUACGACCUGGCACGAGCAAAGAGUCACGCAGAUCCUAUUGUGUUUCAGGCGUUUCGCGAUCCUGAGCGACAAGCGCAGAUGCUCUCCAACUUGCAGCGCUUCUCCAAAAGCGACUGGGCGUCUGGAUCUCAUGAACGGACGGAGAAGGUUUCCUCCAUGAUUGGAAUCUUUGAGAGCGCCGUGUUGCGAGAGUUUGAGCAAGGAUACGAGUUCUGGGAUGUUGAUGGGCGUAUGCGACGAUAUGCACAUGUCCUUCACACGCUUGACGGCGCAACAGGGGGUGUUGACCUCUUCAUCCAGAAACAUCCCAUCUUUAAUGAUCGGGAACUGCUGGUGGUGAAUUCGAUGGACUGCCUUAACCAGGCGCCUGAGGAUGACAUCACACUUGAGCCUUCGAGGCUGUUUUUCGAGAUGCUCCUUGCCAAGGUCAACGAGCAAGCUUCGGUCAUGGAGCGCAUCUUUCCUGAGCCAGCACACGUAUUCUGGACUUUUGUGGAUAAGGUGAGGGAGGAUAUUAUCAUGGAGUACUCGACACCUUUAUUCGAUGAAGCCCAUGAGCGAAGCAUCGAGGCAUAUCUCAAGGCGGUAUCCGGCGUCUUUGAGCAGACAAUGCUCUUCUUCCAAUCCCUCACACCGCCAAAGGGAUCUACACGGGACAUUAAAGAGGCGGCAAAGGAACUCUCAUUACGAGUGUUCGAACCGCAUCUUGACCUCUACCUCCAGGCCGAGCUGGACUUUUUCACAAACCACGCCGAGACGGAGGUGGCGAGUUGGGAGAAGAAGUUGUCGGAGCAGGACUCGACGAUAGAGUCGUUCUACAUGUCCAACAUCAACCGAUCGGCGGACAAGAAGGACUUUCUUAGCUCCUUCAAGAAGGUCGUCAUGAUGCCUGUUACGGUAUUACCCAGCUUCCCCAUUGGUUCUCCCUUUGCAACGAGCAAGCCGUCAGCGGCUGCAGCUUCAUCCGCGUCCAAAGAGGCCAAUGGCUCUGGAAGUCUUACUCCUCAGCCUUCACGGCCAGAGACGCCUAGUGUAGGUCUUGAUGGACACAAGAGUCCACUGCCCGCGCAGGCGCCGACAGAUGAGCUUGCGGCAAAGGCUGCUAUCAUGGCAUCUAAGCUGGAGGGCAUCAAGUCGCUCUUUAGCAUUGAGAUUGCGCUGAACCUGGUGCAUGCUGCAAAGACUAGUCUAGGCCGUGCUGCUGUUUUUAUCCGCCUGGGCGGACAAGCCGGCGGCGAGGCACGGGAGCAGUGUGCAAGCAUCUUUGUGGUACUGUUGCGCAUCCUCGGACAGAAGCACGUCAAGACUGGCUUCGACAUGGCCGUCGAUCACCUCUCACAUUAUAACCCCCGAGAAGUCAGCGACCACAACAAGGCGGGCGUGGCGCCGCUCGUCACAUUCAUCGAGCUCGUCAACGUGGGCGACCUCAUCUCGCAGAUGAUUGACGUCUUUUACGAGCAGCAGCUCGCCGCGCCAAAGAUUGCUGACCGGAACGACUUUUUGGAUCCAGCGGGUCUGGCCAAGAAGAAGUUUGAGCAGAUGCUUGAUGAGAGUGUUGCAGCUGGUCUGAAUAAGGGCAUUGAUGUCUUGAUGGAUGAGGUUGAGUAUCUCCAGGCCACGACGCAGCUACCUACGGAUUACAACCCGGUCGACCCCUCGGCUCCAUCCUCCUCUUCUCCCUUUGGUGCCUCCGCGUUCGGGUCUGGCUUCGGGUCUAGCACCCCCGUCGAGAAACCCGCCGCCCCGGCCGCUGAGCCGGACAUUGGCCCGACCUCGACAGCGAAGCGCAUCGUCGACCUCGUCUCGUCUCAUACAACCAUGCUCGUGGGCACGACGGACAAGUCGAUGCUGGACGUGUUCAAUGGCGAGGUCGGACUGCGCCUCUUCACCGCCAUCUGCAAGCACCUCAAGCGCCAGCGCGUCAGCACUGCUGGUGCUAUCACACUUAUCGCCGACAUGAAUCUGUAUUUCGAGUACAUACGCACCCUGCGCAAUGCCGAUCUUUUGGCCUACUUUGGCGCCCUGCGUGAGCUCAGCCAGAUCUUUCUCAUUGAUCCGCGCCACGCUCGAGAGAUGGCUACUGUCAUUGCCGAUGGUGACCGCUUUGGUGGCGUGUUUCGAGCUGAGGAGGUGUAUGAGUAUGCCCAGAGGAGGGCUGACUGGUAUCAAGUAAGGAAGAGCGUAGAGAGAGCUAUGUAUGGAUUGGAGUGCUUACUUAUGUGA